AUGGAACGACAUAUUGUGCAACUUUUCAUAAUAGCGAUGAAGAGGGUGAAGGAUUUUCGAACUCGGAUUGAGAAUGCGACUUCUUCUGCAGGAUCCUUGGCUGGCAAUGGAAGCUCUUCAGGAUCAGGCGGAGCUUCGAAAUCUAACGGAGCAAUGAUAUCCCUUUUUCCUUUUCAUCCAAAAUCGGUAGCUGCUGCCAGAGAGAGCGAAGAGAAACCCGAUGAGUUCACCGAAACAUUCGAGAGGUUUCGUUUCGACCUGCUCGCUACUUUGAAGGGUCAAAAUAGAAUUGUCAAACACGAGUUAUGCAGUGCACUAAAAAUACUUGAAAAUGUGAUUCGAGUCAUAGCUGAUUCGAAUGUCUGCUAUCGGAUGUUGAUGGCUGUAAAUAUCUUCAAAAAUGUCAAAGAUAAGAUUUCCGACGGUGAACGUGAUCAGGCAAAGGCUGGGCUAUUUCCCUCUCCGGACAGUUAUGCCGAAAGCACAGCGAUGCUUGUUGCUGAAGUUGUUGCUCAAAUUCGCUCAAUAGUUGGUAUGAAACAGUUGCAUGAAGCAAUAGCUUUGUCGUGGAAUAUUGCAAGAUCUAGUAAGACCAAAUUAUCCGAUCCCAUUGUCGUAGGAUCCGCUGCACAAAUUUCGUGCAGCAAACCAUCUGACGUGGUAUCAAAUGUGAUCAAAUCUACUCUUUCGGCGCUUGAAUUGCCGUCACUAGCUUUCAUGACGAGUGAAGAAUGUUUACGGACAUACGUUCCUGACGAAAAUCAGUGGAACAAUGCUGAAGUAGAGCAAGAAUUGUGUACUAAGUGA